AUGGCAUACAUAGUGAGGACAUUUAUCUACAGAUAUUUUAAAAAUUAUCUUUGCUCAGUUACUGGAUUAUUUUUUAUAUGCCUUUACAUUUUUGCAUUAGUUUUCCCAUUUUUAUUUGCAAUCAGCACUGGAGGUAAUCAUAUUUAAUAAGAAAGAAUUUUGGCAGAAAGUUAAAGUAGCAUCUGAAUAAACUUACAUCUCAUUAAAUGGUAAUUAUAGUAUUUAAUGUCAUUCUGGGUUUUUAAAUGAAACAUCAUCAAAUAUCAUUAGUGUUACAGAUCAAGAUUAUAUUGAUUUUUAAUAUAUAAAUGAAGAUCAAAAUUUAGAUGGCAAGACUGAUUUUAUCUCAUUUUAAAUUAAUUUCAUGCCUUCAUUUAUUGCUGAACAGUGUACAUUAAUAUUAUUUUCAAAUGUUGGAAUCAGAGUAAUAUAAUCAAAAUAAGUAGAAUACUUUGAAGCUCUAGAUGAUUACACCUUUAGUAUUUUCUUUUAAUGAAGAUUUUGAGAAUUAUGCUAUCCAUCUUUUUGGCCAACUCUAAUUUUAGUAAAAGUAAACUUUACCUUAAUUAACUUCAACAAAAUUAACUUAUUAUAAUGAAGAAACAAACUAUGAAUAUCCUUUCAAUUUAUUUGAUUUUAAAUUAUAAUAGCUGUCCUAAAAUGAAACAGUUAUACCAAUAUUUGAAUCAUUUAAAUAGAGAAAAGCUGUAUCUAAAUAAGUUUAAAUAACUGGACAAUUCAAGAUUUAGUCUUUUUAGCAGUUAUAUUAUAAAUCAACAGUAAUUUAGAGUUUUAGAGAGGUUUGGAUUCAAUAUAUUUACAUAGCCAUACCAACUUUUUAUUUAAUUUCAAAAUUAGGAUCAUUUGCUUUAUAAAAGAAGAUAUUUUUUGCACAUUAAUAAGUAUAUAAUGAUUAGUAUAAUACGAUAUGA